AUGAUUCCGUGUUACAAGGUGUUGUGCGGUGAACCGAGGAGGAAAUGCGUCCAUACUACAAGGACAGAACUAAGCCUACAAAAUGGAUGUGUCUUAUGGGGAAAUCGUAUUGUUGUACCUCCACCGGGUCGAGGUAAGUUACUGGAACAGCUCCAUGAAGGACACCCUGGGGUUGUGAAAAUGAAAAGCAUUGCUCGUAGCUACUUUUGGUGGCCGAGAUUGGACCAUGAAAUUGAAACCAAGGUAAAAACGUGUACAGACUGUCAGAUGGUCAAGGCAGUACCUGCUGCUGCUCCGCUGCACCCUUGGCAGGUGCCUGAGAGGCCAUGCUCCCAUCUUCACAUAGAUUACGCCGGUCCUGUCAAAGGUCAAAUGCUUUUGAUUAUCGUUGACGCUUACAGCAAGUGGCUGGAAGUGUAUUCUUCAGGGACGUCAACGUCAGCCGUCACCAUAGAGAAGCUUAGACAAGCUUUUGCACAACAUGGAUUGCCCGACACCAUUGUGUCAGACAACUGA